AUGGAAAUUGUUCAUAUUCCUGUCAAACAUUGCGUACUUAAGCCAAUCGAGCUGGUGUGGGCUGGUUUAAAAAACUUUGUUCGUAAUCGAAAUGUUCGAUUUAGUCUCAACGGUGUGGAACAGCUCACAAAAGAAAUGGUUAUCGUCAUGGGUCCUGAAGACGUUGGACCUUAUUUCGACCAUGUUAAAAAACAUGAAGAAAUCUUCAAGGCAGCCGAUAAAAUAGCAGGAGAGAUGGAUAAUGAUUUAAUCGAUGACGACGAUGCUGAUAAUAAUCUAAUCGAUAUCGAUAGUUCAGACAGCGACUGA